AUGAAGUCAGUGGGCGAGAAUCUGUCUCGUGUUGGUCUGAGCCAUGAUCUGAUUGUUGAACAGAGAAACGAACUUAAAAAAUUCUUGGAUGACGCCAAGCAGGUGGAGAAAAAUUCAACAGAGGAUUUUUCAUACAGAGCAAGAGGAGAUGUUGGAAAAUGGAAAAUAGUUAAUUUUUUGGCAAAAACAUUGAUAAAUGGACGACUGAGCCUGGGGUAUGAUUUAUACGGCUCGAUCAAACGUGGUAGUCAUGGUUUUAACCGUAAUGAUGAUAAUAACAGUAAUUUGAAUGAAAAUUUUAAUCUUGGUUUGCUAAAUGUUAGAUCAAUUGCACCUAAUGUUGAUGGAGUUUAUGGCCUAAUUAGUGAUGGGUUGGAUGUGCUGGUGUUGACUAAAAACGGUUUGAUGCCGAUUCAUCACAACAUUGGCAACAUAGAAAGACGUUUGGUCUAUUGUUGCAACAACUAUUAA